ACAGACAAGAAAAGAAAGUAGUCACAGAGGCAAGAGAGUGAACCUCCGGUCAGCAGCUUCACUCAUGUUUAUCCACGAGUAAAACAAGACAUGCAUUCUGUAGGCAAGUCGUGGCUGCUGCUUACAGGCUUCAUACUGUUUUAUAUCAUCUACCUGCUGUUCGGAGCGCUGGUUUUCUCCAGCAUCGAGCGGCCGGUGGAGGACAAGCUGCGACAUGACAUGGAAGCCCUGAAGCAGGAGUUUCUGGGCCAGAGCUGCGUCAACGCCGCGUCCCUCGAAAAGUUUCUGGUCAAGGUUUUGACGGCGAACAAGUACGGCGUCUCCGUCCUCAGAAACUCCUCCGCCACUUCCAACUGGGACCUGGCAUCCUCCAUGUUCUUCGCCAACACUCUGGUCACCACUGUCGGUUAUGGCCACACCACUCCUCUGUCUGACACUGGGAAGGCCUUCUCCAUCGUCUACGCCCUGAUAGGAGUCCCCUUCACCAUGCUGGUGCUCACCGCCUGCGUCCAGAGGCUCAUGUACCCUCUGGUCCUUGCUCCAGUCGGCCUCCUGCAGCGUACAGGCAUGGAGCCUCGGCCGGCCACCGUUGUGCACUUCCUGUUGCUGCUGACGCUGGUGGUGCUGUGCUUCUUUGUGGCUCCGGCGGCGGUGUUCAGCGCUGUGGAGGUGUCCUGGUCCUUCUUGGACGGGAUCUACUUCUCUUUCAUCUCACUGUGCACUAUUGGACUAGGGGAUUUUGUUCCAGGGACACAGCCUGGGCAGAAGUACAGGCAGCUGUACCAGGUCUCUGUCAUGGUCUACCUGUUUGUGGGUCUGAUGAUGAUGUACCUCCUGCUGCGCACCUUCCACAAAAUGGCCGACCUGCACGGCCUGACCACCUUCCUGCAGCUGCCGCGCUGCGAGGAGACCGAUCAGGACGAGGACAGGGAGCCCAUCGUAGAGACCAACCACGAAGACCAAACGCCCCCUCACCUGACAGAAAAAGCUGCCAGUAAGCCCCUGGAGCCGGGAUCACAGCCGUCAUACAACACCAUCAACAAAGGCUGAGCUGUGGGGAGGCAGAGAAAAGACACAGAAGCUCUACCUACCUCUGGCGAUUCCCUCGGUGUUGAACCAGUGAUAAAACACCCAGACUGGUGGGCUGAAUCUGAAAUCCUGUCUCAAUUUUUUCAUUUUGUCUUCUGUAGUAAAAAUAAAACAGAGAGCUUAACAGAGAGCUUAAUAAUAAUAAUAAUAAGAAUAAGAAGAAGAAGAAUAAUAAGAAUAAUAAUAAUGAUGAAUUGAGAUGAGAGUUUUGAGAUUCAGCCUUUGUGAGAGGACCGCCAAACAGUUUUUGAGCAGUUAUUACAUCACUUUCUGCACAUAUGAAAGGACUAUCCUAACUUGACUACAGCAACCCCCCUGGGCCAAAAGCCACAUAUGAUCCUUUUCCUCCUAAACACUGGUGUAACUAUGGCUUGCGUGUUCACACACACGAAGGGCUCGAACCAAAACUUGUGGUACAUAAUUGGUUGUUUUCAGAUCACUUUUGUCUUGCAUGUGUUCUAGACACGUUUUUUUGUUUUUUGGGGGUUUUGUUUUUUUGUGCCCUAGGUUUGGGUUGCUGUAUCAAGACUAACAAAUCUUGUCUUCAUAUAAUUGUGCUGAAACUAAACUUGGUGCUAAACACAAUCUGUGGAUUUCAACAUUUCAACUUCAUGAAAAUCUUGUACACGUUUAACUGCAUUUGUUUUUAUUUGGGUUCAUUGUUCAGCUCCUUCUCUUUAUAUUUCAAAAUAUGCACAUCAUAUGCACAUACACCUCCAGACUAUUUACCAGACGUCCAGUCAUGUUUAUAAUCCUGGGACUUAAUCGCUGGAGAGGCCUUGAAUGCAUCUUCACAAGCACGAAUGAUCACAACUGCAGUGAAAUGACAAAUGAACCUGUUACAACUUCCUGAAAUGAAGGGCUAAUGUGGACCUACACUGAGCAACAGUGGGGACGUUUACUGGAACAUGUUUCUUAUUUAAUUAGAUUUCCUGUAUGAAAGCAGUACCUUGUGUGUCUGGGUGGGCCUUCAAGAGCUACAGAAACUACAGAGAACUGUGUUUGCUUCAGGGCACAGGCUGUCCUCCUUUGUGCUGCCGCCCCCUGGUGUCUGCAUGUAUGUAGUGCAACAAGUUACCACACCUCCAGAUGAGUGUUAAAUGGGCUUAAAGGGUUGGAAUAUAGGGACUGAAGAUAAAAAAUAAAUAUGUGUUUCAUUGUGGUGAUUGAGGCCGUGAUUAAUUUCAGUGGAAAACUGUCACUUGUCAAACGCGGUAUGCUCUGUGUGAUUUAUUGUGUCUGGAUUUAUUGAAAUGCACUUUAAUGUUCACAUCAUGUAUUUUUUUGUUACCAUCAAAGUUGUAGUCAAAUGAACAGGCUAAUUAUAUCCUGCUACUGUAACAUAAUGUGUCCCUGUCCAUGUUGGUGCGUAUGUUGUACAGUGACAAGAAACAGUCAGUGAACCCUCAAUGAUCUGAGUUUAUGUAUAAAUGUGUCUUAAAAUACGAUCAGAUCUUCAUCUAAGGCACAAUUAUGAACAAACAUCAUCUAUUUUAUGUUAACUGGUGACUUAUAAUUGCCUGGUGUGAAUGUGAGUGUGAAUGUUUUAGAUAAGCGGUAUAGCUAAUGAAUGAACAAUCUAUUUUAACUAAUGACACACAAAUCAUUGUAUUGUUCUUGUCCAUAUUGAAAAUAUUCAAACACUCACAGUGUAGGCUGAAAAUAGUGUGUGAACCACUCGGCUAAUGGCAUCAACAAAAGCUAAUUGGAGGCAGGAGUUUUCAAACCUGGACUCCAGUCAAUGAAACAAGACUGGAGGUUUGGGUUAGAGACUCUUUGACUGAGUUUCUUCUUAUUCACAAGAAACAUCUGAUGUGAACCAUGUCUUGCAAGAAACAUCUCAGUGGAAUUAGAUUCAAUAAUUCUUGAUUUGCAUGAAGCUGAAAGUGUUACUGUCAUCUCAGAGUUUAGAUCUUCAUCGGUCCACAGUCAGACACACUCUAUGAAUGGAGAUGAUUUAGUUCUGUGGCUAGUCUUCCGAGAAGUGAUUGUUCAGCUAAGUUGACUCCCGCACACAACGCAAACACUCAGUAACAGGGAAGCUCAGAGUUACAGCAUAAGGCUUAAAGGAAUCACUGGAGCUGGUUAACUCUGUUCAUCAGUCUACCACACAUACAUCACGGAGCAUGGUGUCCAUGACAGGACAUCACAUACAUCCCUGAAGUUUGUCAAAGAGCAGCUUUAUACUGGGAAGAUGUUUUGUGGAAUGAUGAAACUAUAAGGUUGAAUUGUUUGGGAAGAACAAGCAGAACUGAGUAUAAAAAUGUCACUGUAUACCGUCAUGAAAACAUCUUCCCAAAGGUGAAGUAGAGUGAAGGGAGCAUUUGAUUUGGGGCUUUGUUUCCUCUGGGCCUGGACAGCUCAAUAUCAUUGUGGGGAAAAUGAAUUCCCAAGUUUAUCAAGGUCUCUUGCAGGGUUAGGGUUAGGGUUAGGGUUAGGGCUGCGGCUGCUGAAGCUCAGGAGAAGCUGGUGAUGCUACAGGACAAUGACCAUCAAAGUAAAUCUACUACAGAAGGACUUCAGACAAAGAAAAACCCACUUUGAAGAGUGGUUCAGUCAGAGCCCAGACCUUAACCCAGUACAGAUGCUGUGUAAUGAACUGAAGAGAAAUGUUCACAUCAGACAUCGUAAGAAUAUCAGGUCUGAUCAGCAGCUACUGGGAGAGCUGGUUUCAGGUUGUUUCUGUCAAAGGAGGUUCAACCAUUUAUUAAAUAUGAAUGCACUGUGAAUGUUUAAUUGCUGUUUUCAAUAAAUACACAAAAGAUUAGAAUUGUGCGUUAUUAGCUUAA